AUAGGAUCCGGGUUAAUUGAGAUUUCGGACUCGUGAUUCCUGAUUCAGUACAAAGAUUCGAAUCAUUAACCCGGGUGAUUCAGGAACCGCCCAGCUCUAUACUGAAGGGGAUUGAAGGUGAUGGCUGGGCGGUGUGUGUUCAUGAGAGCAGAUGAAAGGCAUCAGAGAGCUCGGUGUCGCGCCAAAGCUGAUGCUUGAAAAUGCCUACAGGAACUAAAAAGCUCAGGUCUCAUAGUGCCAAAACAAGGAAGAAUAAUGAGAAAAAGAGACCGUCUAAGAAGAGGAGUGCAAAAUGUGUAAAGCCAGAGGUGGAUAUUCUGAGCCCAGCAGCCAUGGAGAAUGCCUAUUACAUAUCCCACAAUGCAGUGGAUUUCCUGGAGUUCAGAGGCUUUAGCUGGCCAGAGGCCACCAAGAAAAAAGGAAAGAAAAAGAAAAAAAACAAAAAAUGAAAAGAGAAUUUGUGCCUAACCAAUACCAUAGCAAAAUGUAUGACAAAGAUAUUCUGUACAUAUUGCCAAUCAUGCUAAAUAAAUAAACA